AGCUCCGGCGCCACCUCGGGCCGGCGGUCCUCCGCGGGAGGGAGCGAGGCGGCGGGCGGCCGGCGGACGGGGGACGGGGGCGGCGGGGCGGCCGGCGGUCCUGCGCGCUCGGCGGCGGCAUCUCCAUGGGACUGGCCCGCGGCGCCCGCGCGCUCUGAGGUGGACAGCAAAUUCUCUGCCGAUCAGGACAUUUUCACGGCGGCCCCAGGGACACACGUGUUUUCAGUGGGACUUGGAAUUCCAGAGAAUUGGCUUUUGUGAGAAACUGGCAAUAAUUUCUUUAAAUUCCAUCUCCUAGUUUUCUGUUUUGUUAAGUUUUGGGGGAGCAUCGAGAAACCAUGAACAACUUUAAUAAUGCAGAGUUCGACUGCCAUUUCCUCGAUGAAGGCUUUACUGCCAAGGAUAUUCUGGACCAAAAAAUUAAUGAAGUUUCAUCCUCUGAUGAUAAGGAUGCCUUCUAUGUUGCUGACCUGGGAGACAUUCUAAAGAAACAUCUGAGAUGGUUAAAAGCUCUUCCUCGGGUCACCCCCUUUUAUGCAGUCAAAUGCAAUGAUAGCAGAACCAUAGUGAAGACCCUUGCUGCCAUCGGAACAGGAUUUGACUGUGCCAGCAAGACUGAAAUACAAUUGGUACAGAGUCUCGGGGUGCCUCCAGAGAGGAUUAUCUAUGCAAAUCCUUGUAAACAAGUGUCUCAGAUUAAGUACGCUUCAAAUAAUGGAGUCCAGAUGAUGACUUUUGAUAGUGAAGUUGAAUUGAUGAAAGUUGCCAGGGCACAUCCAAAGGCAAAGUUGGUUUUGCGGAUUGCCACUGAUGAUUCCAAAGCAGUCUGUCGCCUCAGUGUUAAAUUUGGUGCCACACUCAAAACCAGUAGGCUUCUUUUGGAACGGGCAAGAGAGCUAAAUAUUGACGUCAUUGGUGUCAGCUUCCACGUGGGAAGUGGCUGUACCGAUCCUGAGACCUUUGUGCAAGCCAUCUCUGAUGCCCGUUGUGUCUUUGACAUGGGAGCUGAGGUCGGUUUCAACAUGUAUCUGCUUGAUAUCGGUGGUGGCUUUCCUGGAUCUGAGGAUGUAAAGCUUAAAUUUGAAGAGAUCACCAGUGUUAUCAACCCAGCCCUGGACAAGUACUUCCCGGCUGACUCGGGGGUAAGGGUCAUAGCCGAGCCCGGCAGAUACUACGUUGCGUCAGCCUUCACGCUCGCAGUUAACAUCAUUGCCAAAAAACUCGUCUUAAAGGAACAGACAGGUUCCGAUGAUGAAGAUGAGUCGAGUGAACAAACCUUUAUGUAUUACGUGAACGAUGGAGUGUAUGGAUCAUUUAAUUGCAUCCUCUAUGAUCAUGCCCACGUGAAGCCCCUUCUGCAGAAGAGACCUAAACCAGAUGAGAAGUACUAUUCCACUAGCAUAUGGGGACCCACGUGUGAUGGUCUGGAUCGCAUUGUUGAGCGCUGCGACUUGCCGGAGAUACACGUGGGCGAUUGGAUGCUCUUUGAAAACAUGGGUGCUUACACUGUUGCUGCUGCUUCUACUUUCAAUGGAUUCCAGAGGCCAACUAUCUACUAUGUGAUGUCGGGGCCAACAUGGCAACUGAUGCAGCAGAUCCAGAACCACGACUUCCCGCCCGAAGUAGAGGAGCAAGACGUCAGCACUCUGCCAGUGUCCUGUGCUUGGGAGAGCGGGAUGAAACGUCCCCCCGCUGCCUGUGCUUCAGCUAGCAUUAACGUGUAGGUGCCACUCCUGUAGCUGUUAACUUCGAGUUUAGCUUGAAUUGUGGGAUUUGGGGGGACCGUUUAACUUAAUUACUGCUAGUUUUGAGAUGUCUGUAAGUAGGGUUGGCAUGAAUGCAACAGUAUGGAAGACUAGGAGAUGGGGUCACUUAUCUGUGUUCCUAUGGAAACUAUUUGAAUAUUUGUUUUAUAUGGAUUUUUAUUCAAUUUUCAAACAUGCUACUAAGGAGUGCCCCUCAGCUGCUGAGCAAGCGUUUGUAGCUUGUAUGUUGGCAGAAUGGGCCAAAAGCUUAGUGUUGUGACCUGUUUUGAAAAUAAAGUAUCUUGAAAUAAUUAGG